AGUUGCCCUGAGCCAGAGUUUCACAAAGGAUCUGCAGUGAGUGAGACAUACAGAGAGAGAGAGAGAGAGAGAGACAGCGAGAGACAUACUGUACUUCUUACUACUGAUCUACUGACUCCAAUCAAACGUGCAGAAAUGUUGCGGUUACUGCUGCUGGGCCUGCUCCUCACACUCACAGCUCUGAAACCGCUGACAGCAGACCCUGAUGAAGGCUCAGGAGAUUUUGCCACAGACGACGAUGAACUAGAUGAUGUAGAAUUAGCAGAAACAAGUUCUGGAACAGGAGAUCUGGGAGAAGAAUUUACAGAAAGAGGAAAUUCCCAGAAACAAGGAUCUAAAGAUGAAGAUGGAACCACCACCAUUAUCAUCAUAGCAGCAGUGAGUGUGGUGGCCCUGACCAUCGUAGCUGUUCUAGCGGUUCUUCUGUUCCGACGCCAUCUGAAAAACAGGGAACAAGGGGUCUACGCUGUUCCGGUGGAUCAGGUGGAAAAAGGAGGAAUCUAAAAAAAAAAACACCAACGCUCUUCUUCUUCUUCUUCUCCUGGAUCUUUAUCAGGGACGGGGCUCAUAAACCCAUAAAACACACAAUCCCACCCCAGACCCUCCUACUGUUCCACACCUCCACUAACUCCAGCAGAUCCCUGCAGCUCCUCCAGCCUGUUUUUCUCCAGCUGUCAGGAGAUUUUACGCAUGCCUGCAGACGGGUCGGGUUUAAAUGAAUGCACAGAGUCUUCUUUCUGUGUUUAUCAUCUCCUACAUCAGGAACUAAAGAAAACAAAGAGAGAGAGAGAGAGAGAGAGAGAGAGAGAGAGAGAGAGAGAGAGAGAGAGAGAGAGAGAGAGAAAUAAGUUCCACCACUGCCACACUGUUUCUGUCUGACUGUUUUAAUUUUUAUUUUGGUAACACUUUAUAAUAACUUCCAUUAAUAAACCAUUAACUAAUGAUUAAUAACUGUUAUUUUUCACAUUUUAAGAAACUAAAAAGUUUCUAUCACAUUGGUAAAUACUAAUGAAUGCAUUAAAAUGCAACAUAACCUGCAAUUGAUAAAAAUAUUUUCCCGGUUUAAAAUUCACAUUUACUAGCAAUUUAUUAAUGUUCAAAUUCUGAUGAGCUAAUAAUUUGCUAACAUUUUUAAUAUAAAUGUUUUGUUCACAUCUACUGAUCAUUAGUUAAAAAUAUAUUCAUUUUUAAGUUAUUAUAAAGUGUUACCUUUUUUAUGUUAAACAUUUAUGUGGCACAUUAGUCCGCAUUACUCAUAAAUCAAGGCAAACAGUUAAGCAAUAAAACCUCUGAACAUCUAUAUCUAUAACACAGUGCUAAUUUUAUUAAAAAAAAUUGGGCAUUCUUUGAUAAAACUGACUAAAGUCACCAAAUCUAUGAAGUAAAACAUAGAACAUAGUUUAGCAAACAACAGAAAAAAGGUGUUAAACAAAUUAAAAUUAUGUUUUAUAUUUUAGAUUAGAUGACAGCUUUGCACAUCUUGGCUGGAUUUUCUCAGUCAAAAACAGAAAUGAUGAUAAAAUGAUAAAAACAUAAUGAUGGAACUGGCACUAAUCAGGACCGCUCCAGAAAAAGGAAGAGCUAGAGUUUCCUCUGUUGUACAGGAUAAGUUUAUCAGAGUUACCAGCCUCAGAAACUGUAAGAUAAGAGCAUCUAAAUGCUUCACAGAGUGUUUUGGUUUGUUUAACACUUUUAAGUUGCAUGAUAAACAUAAAACAUAAGUUUAUUUUCACUUAGAAAAUCAAAACACAUGCAGUCUAUACACAUUUUUCCCUUAAAAAGUAAAUUAAAAGUUCUUUAAAGAUAAUUUUUCAUAAAAAAAAAAAAAAACAUUUUUUAACCCAAAAAAAAAACACUGUAUUGGUAUAACCUAUAAAUAAAUAAAUAAAUAAAUAAAUAAAUAAACAACUCAGUAGCCAUUCUUAAGGUUAAAUAAGGUUUUUUUAAAAAAGAGCCAUAUUGAAUCUUUCUACUUACAAAUUAAUUGUUUUAUCAUUUUAUUUUUAAGGAAGCUUUUUUUUAAGUAGCUUCAAUAGCAAGACCCUCUAUGUAACCAGCCCUCAUUUUUUAACUUUAAUUCUCCAAUAACUACAUUAGUGCAAUAAUAUGAUUUUAAGAUAGUUUCAUAGACCCCAAUAUAGAACCCUGUGGGACUCCAUAGUAUAUGCUAGACUAUAUGGUUACCAAAUAGUCAGAAUAGUUGGUGCUUUAGGAUUAAAAUAAUUAAAUAAUAUUAAUAAAAAUAAGAAAUAGGCUUCAGAAGAUUAAAAAAGAUAAUCUAUGACAUCUCUCUAUCUCUCUUUUCUUUCUCUAUCUCUCUAUUCAUCCUUUUUCCAUCCUCGAUAUCAUUACGAGCGCGUCAGGUUCAGGUGCUUGGGCCCCGUUAUUGCAGUUAAACGCUGCCCUUAUAAAAGUCAGGCUGGCAGCUGAGCUCAGGGGGCAUAUGGGCACUUUUUUAAUUUCUUUUUUUUAUCUUUUUUUAUUUUUUAAAGAAAGAUCUUUUGUUUUUUAGUGUCUCUAUACAUCUGUUAGGGUCUCCCGGCUGAAACCCCCUGCCGGGUCGAGGUCGAGACCCCUGCAUGUGCAGCUGAAAGGAAGGCGAGCAGCAUACACCUUCACACACCUUCACACCUUCACAUCUUCACACCUUCACACACACUUUCAGGCUAUUUUUGGUUUGAGGUUUUUUACGUUUCUGUUAAACCGCGUGGUUUUCUGCGUAUCGCUGUGUGUCUCAGACAUGAUGGCGCUUUAGAGUCAUUUAGAAGCUCAUUUAUUUUAGAAGCUCAUUUAUAAAGGGUUUAUAAAUAGUUUACAAAGUAUAAAGAGUUUCCUAACCCUUUAAAAUGCCUUGUAUCGUAUAUAGGCUACAGGUGUAGGUGAUACAAAACACGUUUUUCUGUAAUAAAAUAACUUAUUUCUAAUUCUAAAAAAAAAAAUGAGGGUUUAAAAUCUCCUACAGGACACUUGAAGAAGUAGACAAACAUAACGAAACUAAAGGUUUGGAGACAUAAACUGUUUAAUUUGUAUUCAGGAAAAUGUUGAUUUUAAAACUAAAAGUUUAGGAAAGAAACAAUUUUAUCAUUUUUUUCAUUAUAUUUUGACAUUAGCAGAUUUUAUUUUUCUAUUACAAUUAAGUUUAUGCUAGAUAGAUAGAUAGAUAGAUAGAUAGAUAGAUAGAUAGAUAGAUAGAUAGAUAGAUAGAUAGAUAGAUAGAUAGAUAGAUAGAUAGAUAGAUAGAUAGAUAGAUAGAUAGAUAGAUAGAUAGAUAGAUAGAAAUUUACGCAAUUGACAAAAAUCCUGGCCUGUUAAGGGGUUAAUUAAUGGUUUUAAGUUGUAAAUACUUAAAAACAUGAAUUUAUUUUUAAAUAUUUACAACAAACACAUAUAUAGAACGAACAACAGUGACAAUGAUUUUUAGUGACAUUGUCUUUUUUAACAUGUGUAAUAAAAUAAUAUAGAAAGUAAGUUUAGUCAUUUUUUAUAUGUUAUUAUAGUUAAACAACAGACUUAAUUAAUUAACAGUAAUUAACAGUUAUUGAUGAUGACUAAUGGGAAAGACAAAGUAAGAUAAGACAGUAUAAAUUAUUAAAUUACUAUUUUGUAUACACGACAUGCUUAUUAAUGGUUUAUAACCUAAUUAAUAACUAUUAAUAGACUCAUAUUAAGUCUAACUGUUUAUAAACCCUUUAUAAAAGAGACUUAUUUUAAAGAGGUGCAAAAAAUGAUAGACUCUAAAGAGAAUAAAGAUAAAAAUUAAUCUCAAAAUAUUAUGGCUUUAUUUUAAAAUGUCUAAUUAGCCCUAAAACACCAUCAUAUCUGUGAGCUUGCCAGGAAAAUGUAUUUGUGUGUGUGUAUAAUUGUGUGUAAGUGUGUGUGUGUGUGUGUGUGUGUGUCUCUACAGGCGUUAGUUUAAAGGCUAAUUGAUUUCUGCUGCAGUAUAAAAAUCCUGUUAAAUCUGUUACUGAAAGUGUUUUCUCGCUCUGUUGCCAGAUAUUUCAGAUAAUCACGCAAUCAUUUCACAAAUAAGAAUGUAGCCGUUUCUUUAACUGGGUUGAAAACACUCCUUUUAAAAAUCCCAUUUCCCCGUUAUUUUUAGGACAAAGUUAUUUUUUUUUAAAUCAUUUUAUUUGUAUUUUUUUUUUUGUCGACCAGCUUCACUGUGUUUGAUUCUUUUCACAAGAGCAGAUGAAAGAUUUCUUAGAUGUGUUGAUUCUUUGUCCUUUUUGAAUGGGAACAGUAACCGGGGCACCUGUUUUUUUUUUUGUUUUUUUUUUUCUGAUCAAGAAAAUACAAAUAAAUAAAUAAAUAAAUAAAUAAAUAAAUAACCUCAGUUAUUUUCUUACUGUAGAUUUUACUUAAAAUAAAGCAAUUUACUGAUACAAAAGGAAAGAAAAAAGGCAAUAAAUAAUAAAAUAAAUAAAUAAAUAAAUAAA